AUGUCAGUCUUCGACAGCCCAAACUGCACCGUGGCACCGGAUACCCCAGUCGCCAGCGAUGCGGGCGUCGCCGGCAGAGGCGUGCUCCUCUCUUUCAUCAUCACCGCCGGCCUCGCUCUCAUCAUAAGUUCCUCCAUCAUAUUCCAGGAGAUGAAGGGAAACCCGUCAAACAUCCGCCGCAAGCUCCUCAACAGUUAUUCGGAUCAGCAGAUCCUCCAGGGCAUCGGUAUCGCGUGUGUUGGGCUCGCUAGGGUCAAUGUCAUGGUUCCCUAUCACUUCUUCAUCAUUUGGAUGCUCUCGAAUCUUUCCAUGGCCGUCCACAACGCGACACUUCUCGCCCUGGCCCACGACUUCCGCCGAGAUUGGGUCUUGCGAUGGCUCCGCCAAUUCCUCAUGUUUGUCAACCUGACGCUGAACGUCGUGUAUGGCGUCUUCAUCCUGCAAGGCGUGUCAAAGGGCAUGCAGGAAUCCAAGCUACCCGUCGCCUGCGUCUGGAAGGUCGGCAACGAGGGCAAAGGAAAUCAACAGGGACUGAGCUACGUUGGCACCGUUGUCGUCAUCGCCGCCAACGUUCUCGUCUUUGCUUUGGCGAGCUGGUACCUCCACUUACGGACGCAGAAGUUUAUCAACAUCAUCAAACUCAUCGGCACCCUUCUCAUGGCAGCGUCGGCGGUCGGCGCCGCGGUCCGAUGUAUCAUCGCUUCUGAUGCUUUUGGCAACGGCCCCUCAUACGAGCUGAGCGACCAGGGCGAGAGAGGCUGGGGCUUCGGUCAACUGCUAUCGCUCCUCGUGCUGCUCUUCCCCAUCGUCUCCAUGGUGGAAAUCAUGCGCGGCGAUAUCAAGGUCGCGCCCUGUGACUUUUCGGACGGAAAGAAUGGCGACAAUACGGAGAUGGGCAACUACCGGUCGUCGUAUCAGCCCAACCCGUUUUUCGGCUCGCAGACAAACCUAUUCAAGAGAGGAGUCUGA